CCGAAAUUUGCUACAUUUAUUCAAUUUCGCAAACCUACUCCCAACUAUGACUAAAAAAUAUGAUGGCAGUACUCUUUUAAAAUUGAGGUACUCGGCAAGUCCUGAUGCAGAUACCUUUUUUCAAUGGGAAGGAUCUAUUUUCGCAUUCAUUCCGGGACAAGCACCUAAAAAGAUAUUUCGCUGCAUUGGCAUGAACGUUUCCCGAGCCAAAAUCGAACAGGGUAAAUUAAAAGUAAGUGGCAAGGAGUUGACUUACUACCUUGACCCCCAAACCGGAGUAAAGUUAAACACCUGGGAUAAUUUGUGGACAGGAGAGAAGAAUUUACCAGUGGUUCAUAUUGCAAAUGAUCCUGUACAGAUGGAAUUACCAACCUUUAUCUCACUUGAUGCCCGUCAUAAUAAGUUCAGUAAAACAACCGCUAUUGUAACUGAGAUACCAUUGUUUUAUCCCAAUCCUUUAGCUAUAGAAGACCACCGAUUCGAUAAUUACGACGCUAAUAAGAUGUACGAAGCCGGUGAGUUCUUCACUUUCAAAUGCAAUACGGAAGAUUUAGACGAUGAAAAUACAAUCCAAAAUGUAGAAGUCAAUUGGACACGCAUAUCUAAAUUUGCACCCUUCAUGAAAAUGGGCGGUCAAGACGGAUAUUUAGUCUAUCAUUGUACAGGUUAUAAACUUCCUGAAGGCUCUACUGUUAAGGAUCUUGAUCCACUACUGGCAGAUGAGAUUAACCAGACUAUGAAGACAUAUGCUUUUGCUGAUAACUAUGAUCCCAACAAGAAAAACGUUUCAAGCUGGACUUAUUUUAAAGACAAUUUUGAACGCUAUCAAAAAGAACCUGAAGCAACAUGGCCAAUUCCUUCGACCUAUUAAAUACUUAUUCUUGUCUUUGAAUGAUGUAGUAUGUUGUUCUAUGAAAGGAAGGUUUAUAGCCUUGUUUCUGUAAUCAAUCAAAAUGGUGUCUCUUUGCAGAGGUCGAAGCAGAUGCUCAGUAGAAAACUAAUAUACUUCCAUUAUAAAUGAUCAUAUCUUUACCAUAUUAUAAAUCUAUGUUAAACAUAAUCGUAAAUAUGUGUAGUAAAAACAUGUUGUGGCAUCCGUCAAAAUUCACAAUAAAAAAAAAAAGAAUAGCACAAGAGAUAAUGAACACAAAAGCUUAAUGAAAUCAAAUUCAAGGAAAAGAAACCUACUG